AUGGAUAUCGAUAUGAGCCGUCGCAACAAGGUCCCGCGCCCUUUAUCCGACUCGGAAAGGGCUCGCUUGGACGAGUUCAUUGAUUCUAUUCACUACUCGGCGAGGAAGAAUCACAAGGAACUAAUAGCCCCGCCUACAUCUAGAUACUCAGAUAGCGAGUUCGAAUACCGCCAUGUGCAGCUGCCCAAAGCCAUGCUCAAGGCUAUUCCUAAAGACUAUCAUGAUGCCGCCCACGGAACAUUGAAGCUGCUCUGGGAAGAGGAGUGGCGCGCACUCGGCAUCACUCAGAGUUUGGGCUGGGAGCAUUACGAAGUGCACGAGCCGGAGCCGCAUAUCUUGCUGUUCAAGCGUCCCCUCAACUAUCAACCCCCUCAGUGA